UAAAGUGUGCUGUUCUAGUGUAAAUAUUUAUAAUAAAAAAAUUUAUCAAUAAUAAUAAUAAUAAUAAUAAAUAUUUUGUUUGUGUGGAACUGAAGUAAAAUGACGUAUAGACAAAUAAAAGAAUAUGAUGCAGAAAAAGUUACGUUAAGUUGUGGACCGGCAAGCUACGUUUCAGUACCAGAUUUUUAUACGGGAAAGUCAAUUUUCUUAACUGGGGUCACUGGAUUUCUUGGUAAGGUGUUUCUCGAGAAACUUCUUUUCAGUUGCAAAGAUAUUGAAAACAUUUACAUUUUAAUUAGAGAGAAAAAAGGGAAAACUCCUCUGCAAAGAAUUGAAGAACUUUUCAACAAACCGCUUUUCUCAAGAUUGAAAGGCAAGGACCCGCAGUGUGUAAAGAAAGUCACUCCAAUUAUUGGCGACCUGAGUGAACCUGGUCUUGGCAUAUCAAAAGCUGACGAAGAAACACUUUUAGAAAAGGUAUCUGUAGUAUUCCAUGUAGCAGCCAAUGUCCAGUUUCACAAAGAAUUGAAAGAGAUCAUAAAUACAAACGUUGGCGGGACUAAAUAUGUCCUGCAAUUGUGUCAACGAAUGAAAGAAAUAAAGGCAUUUAUCCAUGUGUCCACCGCCUACUGCAACACAGACCAGAAAGUAUUAGAGGAGAGAGUGUAUCCUCCGCCAGCUGAACUCAGUGAGGUCUUGAAGUUCCUUCAGCAGCCGCAGCAUGACAAUAAGAAAAGGAUCAAAGAGUUCUUUAAACACCAACCAAACAGCUACACCUUUGCUAAGGCCUUAGCAGAGACUUACAUAGCUGAGAACUGCGGACACGUUCCUACAAUAAUCAUCCGACCUUCUAUCAUAUCUGCCUCACUAAAGGAGCCACUACCAGGGUGGUUGGACACGUGGAACGGAGCCACUGGCCUCAUUACAGCUAGUUAUAACGGAGCUAACAGAGUGCUACUUGGCGAAGGAAGCAAUAUCCUCGACCUGAUUCCAGUGGACUUUGUCGCUAAUCUUGCGAUUGUGGCUGCUGCUAGAUGUUCCAGUUUCAGUUCUUUAAAAGUCUACAACUGCUGCUCCAGUGGCUGUAACCCAUUAACACUGAAGCAAUUGAUCAAUCACAUGAAUCAUGUCGAAUUUGAUAAGAACGUGUCAAUAAUAUUCACCAACAAUAAGCCCUCAUUGUCUACAUUGACAUUUUUUCUUCAAACGACGCCAUCUUUCACCGCUGAUAUGUUCCUGAGAGUUACGGGGAAGUCCCCAAGGUACAUGAAAAUCCAGUCAAAACUAACCAUGGUCCAGAAAGCCCUAAGUUAUUUCACCUCUCAUUCCUGGGUGAUGAAGGCUGAUAAUUCGAGGAAGCUGUAUGCUUCGUUAUCCAUACAAGACCGACAGACGUUUCCUUGCGAUCCUAUGGACAUUGAUUGGAAACAGUACAUCACCAUCUAUAUAGAAGGGAUUAAUCAGUUUUUAAUGAAGAAACUUGUUUAAAAUUUUAAGAAAAUGCACAUAAUUUAUUAUUUUAAAGAC